UGUGUCAGCUCUGAGGGGGAGAGGGGGAUGACGACGUGUAUCUUAAUAACGGGGAGAGAAGACGGAUUGGGACUCUCAAACGACAAGAGAUUCAUUAUGAACCGUCCGACAUCAAAGUGUAUCAUGCUAAACAUCUAACGGAAAGCGAUUGAAUGUGUUUGAUUCGGUCUUCAUGGCUCGUAAGACAUCGUCAAAAUCCACUUUAUCUAAGUUGGCGCUGCUAAGGACAGUUGUCUAACUAGCUAGCAUUGUGGUUAGCAUUAUCUUUUUGCUCCAACGGAGGAAGGAAGGGGAACAGUUGACGCACUGCUCGGCUAGCGGGCUGUUAGCUAGUAACUUAGCUAACUUAGUUACGUUGUUUCUUUAUACCUGACUCACUCAGUUUGACAACUAACUUCAAAGAAAAUAAUUGUGAAUGUAUGACUUUUUUUGUUGUUGUAUUUAGCUACUACUAGAGCUAUCAGCUAACAAACCAGCAAGAUUAUCAUAUUCAUAAUUGUUGCUUUGGGGUUUGAAGCAUUUGAUCCAGAUCCUGUUGGAAAGGCAGCAGCAGAUCAGCUGUGAUGGCUACAGAUAUGAUCGAGAGUGAGGUAGUGUUGAAGGCUGCGGGUGAUAACGAUAUGAGUCUGAACAAUAGCCCAGACCUAGACACACCCAGGAUGUAUGAGAGCCUGGGAGGAGAUAUCAGAGACACUCCGAGCCCUUCGUCUUCGGCAGUGUCAGGAGGAGAAGAGGAAGAAGAUUUAGAAGACCUGCAAAACAGCAGCACAGAGCUUUCAUUGGAAAAUGGCGAAGAGGCCGCAGGAGCAGCGCUACAGAGGCCAACCCAAACAGGAGGUCCGCCGCAGGAAACGGUGACUCCAGACAAUGGAGAAAAACAGGAGGUGGAGGUGGUGCCAUGUUCCACUCCCGUCAGAAUGCCCCAGACAUACUCGACCUCUGGACAUAAUGGAAGUCUGGAGCGCCAGGAGUCUGUUGCGACCACCGAGGCUCGUCUCCGCAUGGAGGGGGUGGAACUUAAAGAGGAGUGGCAGGACGAGGACUUCCCCAGGCCCCUACCUGAGGAGGAAGAGGAGGACAUUCAGCUAGGUGAAGAUCUCUUCACUGGACCCUCUGGAGAAGGACAGUCUGCUUCUGCAGGGGGCUAUUCUGCUCUGAGUGGUGGUAAGAAGACUAAGAAGAAGCUGGCUGCCCCAGACAUCAGCCUGACUCUGGAUCGGAGUGAAGGAUCUCUGCUGUCUGAUGAGCUGGAGGAGGAGAGUACAGAGCUAGACCUGGAUGAUAUAGACACACCAUCUGACAACAGUAAUGAGUUUGAAUGGGAAGAUGACCUGCCGAAGCCCAAGACCACUGAGGUUCUGCAGAAGGGGGUGGAGUCGGUCCAGGUGUACUCGGCCUCCGAGGAGCGGGAGGAGGGGCGGCGUUGGAGAGUGUUCCGUAUAGGAGACCAGGAACACAAAGUCGACAUGAAGGCAAUAGAACCCUACAAGAGGGUCAUCAACCACGGAGGUUACUAUGGAGAUGGCCUGAAUGCCAUCAUAGUGUUUGCCGUGUGUUACAUGCCUGAGAGCAACCAACCCAACUACCGCUACAUCAUGGACAACCUCUUCAAGUAUGUGAUCGGCACUUUGGAGCUCUUGGUAGCAGAGAACUAUAUGAUAGUGUAUCUGAACGGCGCCACGUCCAGGAAGAAGAUGCCCAGUGUGGGCUGGCUCAGGAAGUGCUAUCAGCAGAUCGACCGCAGGUUAAGGAAGAAUUUGAAGUCGUUGAUUAUUGUCCACCCCUCCUGGUUUAUCCGCACCCUCCUGGCCCUCACCAAACCCUUUAUAAGCUCAAAGUUCAGCCAGAAGAUCCAAUUUGUGUUCAACUUGACAGACCUUUCUGAACUGGUUCCUAUGGAAUACGUCUCUAUUCCAGACUGCAUUAAAGCGCUCGACCAGGAGAAACCCGUCAGAGUGGAGAUGGCAGCCAUGCCAGAGACAGAGUCACAUGACCCCACAGAGUGAUGUUAAAUAGAGCAGGUUUCACAGCACCAGGAAACGCUUUACUCUGCAGGUUUUGCAUGACCUGGAAACGGUUUACUGCUAAUGUCUUUGAAAGAAUCCUACAUGAAAAGGUUAGUCAUCUGUCUGUCUGUAGCGACAGCAAGGUAUACGUUGUGAAAACAGAGAACCUAAAGAGAUAUUGGUUGAUGCUGGAAUGUGAUACCAGUCUUACUGUCAAUCAGGAUGUUGGUUUUUGUCAAGUGUUUUUGGAGGGGACGUUCUUGUACAUUAUUUCUCUAAAGUAAAAAUCCAAAUCCAAA